UGUAAAGCAAUAUUAGGGAUAGUUGACAGCAGGCGAGCAAACGCAAAAGAGGUGAAGGAGCACGUAGAUCUGUACUUGUGGUGCAGACAGAGGAUUUUUUUUUCUUCUUCUCAGAAAAUGAGAAAUUUAGAGAAGUCUUGAUACACAGUGGCAUAUCUGAAAUUGAUUUUAUUGUUAUUUCAGUUUAAUUGCUUAAGAACAUUGCUGGUAUUUAAUAUCCCUAAGGAGUUUCAGAGGAGCGUGUGAAAACUGACCUGUGCGGCUGGAUGGUUGGCUGAGCUGUGGGGAAACAUCUGGUGCACAUUUAAAUCCAAGUAUCCCUUCCUCGCCACAUCAGGCCAUUUUACCAUUAGUCCUAACAUCGCAGUUGAGUGUGAUCUGGUGGGAUGGCAGAGGGAAGUGUGGGUACAUGCCCCCAGGUGUUUGUGGUGGACAGCCAAGCCAACUACGUCUCUGUGCACAGUGGGAAGAAACCAAGAUGGGCGAGAGUAGGCCAAAGGUUUCUUCUCCUGAUGGUGGGACUUGCCCUGUUUGGACUUGUUGUCGAGGGAUGUUUAAUCUACAGUCUAUACAAAAAAACACAGAACAUGUCCAAUUCCCAAACAUCUGGUCAGCAGGGUGGCACCAUAAUGACUCGAGUUGGAUCUAAAGAGUCCAAUGAGAUUCCCACAGUGCGACCACAUCUGGAACAGGUCCAACAGAGACCUUUUGCUCAACUGAUAGGCUCCAACAAUCCUAAAGGGCUGGACAAUGUGGUACAGUGGGAACAUAAAAAUGGCGAAACCAUCACCUACAACAUGGGCUACGAAAAUGGCCGGUUGUUGGUUGAGAAGGACGGUUACUAUUACCUCUACUCCAAAGUGAAAUUAGAUGUUAUAGAAGAGUGUUUCCUUAUCCAGCACAAGGUCAUGAAAGACACCACUGCCUACGAUGAAUCUAUAGAACUUAUGCAAUCAAAAAGUUUCCGCUGCCGGACCCAGAAACCUUUGACUGCAAAGGCUUCAGGUGGGGAGGAUCUGUGGAACAGUUUCCUGGCUGGGAUCUUCCACCUGCGGAGCGGAGAUAAAAUUUUUGUCACAUUGAACAAUAUAGAUAAGAUUCGUACAGGACCUGCUGAAAACCUCAUGGGAGCCUUUAUGAUAUUUCCAGGCAAUAUGCAGCAAUAAUACCUCUGUCCCAGAACAUAUUGUGGGCCCUAUCUUACACCCAGCGCAAUUAACUUUGUACACCGACCCCUGUAUCAUUCCUAUUUUGCACCCGACGCACAGCGGACUUUUCCCUCCACAGACGCAC